UAUUCUCUCGCCCCUCGCCGCUUCACAUACCCGUGCAUACAGCCAGCCCUUUCUUCCCUCACCGUCCCACCUUCUCAACCACUCGACCUCAACCACCCGUACACCGUCGCCUCUCAUACACCCAACAUGGUCGACCCCGACGCGCCACCCGCGGCCGCCAUGAGUCCUACCGUGUCCAGCAGCGUCAAAGACGAUCCGGAUACCUGCCGAAUAUGCCACAUGGAAGGCUCCCCCGAGGAGCCCCUCUUCUUUCCCUGCAAGUGCAGCGGCAGCAUCAAAUAUGUCCACCAGGACUGCCUGAUGGAGUGGCUGUCGCAUUCCCAGAAAAAGUAUUGCGAGCUGUGCAAAACCUCGUUCCGCUUCACAAAGCUCUACCACCCGCAGAUGCCCGCCCGCAUCCCGACUUCAAUUUUUCUGCGCCGCGCCUCCAUACAUACCGUCAAGAUGUUCGUGACCUGGUGCCGCGCCAUUCUUGUGGCCUCGGUCUGGUUGGUAUUGCUACCCUGGUGCAUGCGUGUCGUCUGGCGGAGUCUUUUCUGGGUUGGGGACGGAGGCUGGACCCGCGACGACUACUUCCUGCUCGUCAAUCAAUCCGCUCCAUCCGCCGCGAACCUUGAGGCCAUGCGGUCCGCGUCUGCCACCGCUGCCACCGCCAAUUCCUCAAUACCCCUUCCGCUCCGGCCGCUGUUGAUGCCAUAUUCCCAGACGUUGAACAUGACUGCUGGCGAGAUGUCAAUGUGGACCGUUCUCAAGCGGAUCGUGUCCGGCUAUUCGUAUCAACCCCCAACUACGACCGAACUCUUUGCCAAUGGAACCGCAACGAACGCCACUGUCGACUACCUAGGCCCGCGCAGUCCUUCCCUCCUUUCCGAUGUAUCCUUCUUCAAUUGGUUCCCGUCGCAGGCCGCAAACCGAUUUCUUCUUGAUGUUCUCGAAGGCCUGGUCAUCACCCUGCUGGUGGUAGUGGCCUUUAUCUUAAUAUUUCUAAUCCGAGAAUGGGUCGUGCAACAGCAACCGGCCAUCAACAUGGCCGCUAUCAAUGAUAAUGCUGCUGCUCACAGGGCUCCUGAGCUAGAAGCCGAGAUUGGAGUAGUGGAGGAACAGGAAGAGGGGGAAGCCGAGGAGGAAGCACCACCACCGCCACCCCGGAUUAUAUUGCGCGAUCACCCCAAUCCGAACGCGAAUGGACGCCUGGAUAAUGACCGUGGUGAGGUUCCAUUCGAAAUCGAGCAACUCGAACGCGCCCGAGCGCCCCGCCCUCGGCGAUCAUCUUCAUCUCGCAGGAGACGUCGCAUCCAGCUCGACAACGGCGAGAUUCCGGAGGAGUUACAGCAAUUACUCGCCAACGGACCUCUUGACGAUCUGACAAGGGCUGUGCGAGACAAGUCUUCAGAGGAACAAAAUGACAGUUCCGAGGCCCCAGAGUCUUCCUCCCGUAGCAAUCCAGGGUCUGAUGGAAUCGAAGCCGAGGCUUCAAGUUCCCGCCAUCCCGUAUUCCCCGAGCGAUCUAGCAGUCUGGCGAGCAACUCAUAUACUGCACAGGAAGACGAUACGGAGACAUCAGCUCUGUCCUCAAGACCCCAUAUGCCUGCGCGGGACAAAUCGUUCAUGGCCACAGAGAUUCGUCGUGGGUUGGAAGAGAACAACACUUGGUCAUUUGCUGAUGUUCCGGGUCCGUCUGGGGACGUGGAGAAACCCGAGGUGGAGAACGCUCUCGACUCUCGGGAGAAUGACGACACCCGUCAAGAAGACCCCGGCAAAAGCGUUGCACGCGAUACUGCUGAUCGAGAGCCAUGGAGUGAGAGCAGCAGCGAGAGCUGGCAACAGAUUCCUGAAAAUGGAGUAGACAGCGCCGGAUCGGCUCACUCCGGGGACAAAGGGAAAGAUAAAGUGGUGCAGACAGAUCCAACUGAUUCAAACAGCGCCCGUGAUUCUCCGUCUAGAGCCGAAGAAGAAUCUGACGAUCUCCCCGUUCUUCCGGAACCAGUUUCUGAAGUGGCAGCAGAUGUUUCCGAUGAUGAGUGGGAUUCGGCAUCGGAAUCUGUCAACGAAAAUCACGAGCUUGGAGACGGUGACGCCCAAGAAGCCGAGCCGACGAACGUAGCAGAAGUAGCACCAGCACAGGCACAACCUCCGGUGCAGGAAAACAACGUCGCUGCAGGGCUGGGCGAUCGUGUUCUGAAUUGGAUGUAUCGUGACCUCGAUGCCGGUGUUCGAGCGGAGGAGGACGAUGCUGAUGACGAGCUUGUCGUUCAAGCUCUCGAAUUCGAACAAUUCGAACAAGCUAUUGCUAGAAACAAUGAUGUACCAGUCUUGAACGCAGCCGUCCAAGAUCCAGAAGUCGCCGCUGCCGCAGCCCAGGCUGGAAUUGACGUCAAUGAUCAAGAGGCGAUCGAGGAUGCAGAAGAUUUGGAAGGCAUUAUGGAACUCAUUGGCAUGCAAGGGCCGCUCACCGGCCUUUUCCAAAAUGCCAUGUUCAGCGCUGUCUUGAUAUCAACCACCCUCGCUUGUGCUGUUUGGCUGCCUUACUUAUGGGGCAAGGUUGUCAUAUUGUUCAUGGGCAGCCCUGUAGCACUGUUCGUGAAACUUCCGCUACAAAUCAUCGCCACGGCUGCAGAUCUCGCCGUCGAUGGGACUCUGUGUGUUGCAGCCGGUAUUGUAUAUUGGACUAUGGAGGGUACUCGUGUUGUUAUCAAAGUCAGUACUCUCGGGUUCUUGAACAAGAUGACCGAAGGCCCCAUUGCAGUCAUUGCUGGACGAGCGUUCAACGUUUUCACCAGCGCUGGGAACCGGCUCAGUAAAUUGGUGACUGAAUCACCUUUACUACCACCACCGACCUAUUUCCGCUUGUCCAUCAACUCCCAUGCCGCUCUGCGGACCAUCCAGAACACAACCUCUCACACGCUCAACCAGACUAGUGCUAUGCUUGCUAGCAUUUGUGAGGAUUUUCCGGUGGAAACGGCUCCGAAAUUGGCACUCCAGGCAUUGCGUCAAGUGCCAUCUUCGAUCCAGUCCGCCGUGAUAACAGUCUAUAGCAGAGUAGCGGCUUUAGUCUCUUGGUUAUUGACUACUAAGUCUUACAAUGUCACCUUGGAUCUCGAUAUGGGGCGCAACAUAAGCUCUACGUACACUUCCAUGGAGCAUUGGACUUCCACCGAUCGUCUGAUAGCUGUCCUCGCCGGAUACGGCUUCUUUGCCAUGGCUGGGGCUGUCUACCUUCGGCGCGGUGCCCCGUUGACCUCCUCACGACAAGGCCAAAAGAUCGAGCGUAUCAUAUCCGAAAUUCUCCAGCAAGCGGGGGGGGUUUUGAAAGUGAUUCUCAUCAUCUCGAUCGAGAUGCUCGUUUUCCCUCUUUAUUGCGGUCUACUCCUCGAUCUGGCGCUGUUGCCCCUGUUCAAGGAUGCCAACGUGUACACGAGAUGGCAAUUCACUCGCCAAAACCCAUGGACAUCAGGGUUUGUGCAUUGGUUCAUUGGGACAUGCUACAUGUUUCACUUCGCUCUGUUUGUAUCCAUGUGCCGCAAGAUCCUGCGUAAAGGAGUACUUUACUUUAUCCGCGAUCCCGACGACCCAACCUUCCAUCCUGUGCGCGAUGUUCUCGAACGUAGCGUCACGACACAGCUCCGUAAAAUAGCCUUCAGCGGGUUAGUGUAUGGCGGCCUGGUCAUCGUAUGCCUUGGUGGGGUUGUGUGGGCUCUCAAUCAAGCCACCGUCGGCGUGCUACCAAUUCACUGGGUUUCUCAUGCACCCGCUCUCGAAUUUCCCCUCGAUCUCCUAUUUUAUAAUUUCCUCACUCCAGUGGUCAUCAAGUUCUAUAAACCGAGCGAUGGCUUGCAUUUCAUCUCGAAAUGGUGGUUCCAACUUUGUGCACGCUGCCUGCGCAUGUCAAACUUCCUCUUUGGUCACCAAAACAAGGAUGAAGAAGGGCGUAAAGUCAACGGCGAAAUGAUUUUCGAUGGCAAGUAUGUGCGUGCACCAGCCUCUGACCAGGUCCGAAUACCCAAGGGCGAUCCCGUUUUCGUCCAAGUCGACGAAGAUAACAACCGUCAAGACAACCAAUCCCAGAGCACAGGCGUACACGAAAAUCCCACUCUGGUAACCAAAGUCUACAUCCCGCCGUGGUUUCGCGUCCGCAUCGCCCUCUUCGUCAUGGCCAUCUGGAUCUUCGCUGCGGCAACUGGGAUCAGCUUCACUAUUAUCCCACUCAUCUUCGGCCGCUACCUCUUCUCCCUCUUCCUCCCCAAACACGUGGAAAUGAAUGACAUCCAUGCCUUCUCCCUCGGAAUAUACACCCUUGGAAGCGUCGUCUAUACCGCCUACCAUGCCUACAACUUUCUCCGGUCCAUCCACCGCCCACCAAACUCCCCGCUCACGACUCUCUACACCAUCCUCUCCACAUCCGCUCGAAUCGCCCUCCGUGUCGCUCGCUUCACAUACGUCUGGGCCGGCCUCGUUGCUACAAUCCCCAUGCUCUUCGCCGUUGUCCUAGAAUUCUAUCUCCUCAUGCCCCUUCACGCAUACUUUGGGCCCCGCGAUCCCCAUGUCGUGCACGUCAUUCAAGACUGGACCCUGGGGUUCCUCUACGCGCGCCUCGGUGCCCGUCUCAUCUUCUCCGACCGCGCUUCCCGUCCAGCCCGCGCGUUCGCUGCACUCAUCGCAGACGGGUACCUCGAUCCCAACGCCAAAAUCGCAACACGGUGUUUCUUCGUGCCCGCAGCCGCCAUCUUUGUCGGCGCCAUCGGCGGACCCGCACUCAUAGCCUUCAUACUCACGCGCACAGUUCUGCUGGGCACCUCACCCCUCGCCAAGACGCUCGUCUGGCGCUUCGCGUACCCCGUUGUUGGCCUCGGCGUUGCAGCUGUUUGGUGUGCGAACGAGGGCGUUGGUGUGCUGGGACGCUGGAGGCUGGUUGUCAAGGAUGAGGUUUAUUUGAUCGGGGAGCGGUUGCAUAAUUUUGGGGAGAAGAGGGCUAGGGGACCUGUUACACCUGUCGUUCCUGUUGCUGGGGGUGGGGUUCCUGCGCCUGUGCCUGCACCUGCUCUUGCACCUGCCGCAGGUAUAGGGGCUGCUUAG